GCGCGCUCCUGGACUCCAGAGUCGGCUGAAACUUUACGCACAAGUUCCCUUCGGCAGCGCUGAGAGACGCAAGAUGCGCUGCAUGUGUUUGCACACACGCCGGUUUCAGAGAACACAGUCAAUCAGGUUCCCACGUUUACUUUCAUUUCUCUAAAAAGAUCAGGAUUCGUAAGUCGCACUUGGAUCUGCAGCUCACUACUUCCAGGAAAGCAAGAAGGCUGCUUCAGUUGGAGAGAGAAAGUAAACUGCUUAAAGACACGCAAAUUCUUUCUCAUCUGGAAUAGAAUCCACACGUUUUUUUUUUUUUUUUAAAUACAAAAUGAACAUUCAGAGGGCAGCAUUGUUUUUAAGUGGGCUGGUUCUGUGCAUGGACACCUGUCUGGGCCAGAAAGACUGCACCGGCGUGGACUGUCCCGUUCUGCAGCGCUGCAUCGAAACGGUUCUGGAGGAAGGUUCCUGCUGUCCCGCCUGCACCCAAAGAGGCUGCACCUGUGAGGGCUACCAGUACUACGACUGUGUGCAAGGAGGCUUCCGGAAAGGGAAAGUCCCGGAGGGAGGAGCGUACUUUGUGGAUUUUGGAAGCACCGAAUGCGUCUGUCCUGCGGGAGGUGGGAAGAUAAGUUGUAAUUUUAUCCCCUGCCCUGAAAUUCCCCCCAACUGCGUUGACGUUUUGCAACCGGCGGACGGGUGUCCGCGGUGUGGCCAAAUCGGCUGCACCCACGGCCGCAAGAAGUACAAUGCGGGGCACUCCUUUCAAAGGGACCGGUGCCAGGUUUGCCACUGUCCAGACGAGGGCGGACGCCUAAUGUGUUCGCCCAUCCCCAGCUGUGACCUUCGCGCUUCCAAUAAGCCCGUGUGGGCCACGACCACGGAGAACAACGGCCCUUUGAGAGACAUCAGCAGCCGCCAUGACGGCCGACAAACGAGUCCCGGGGAAGGGCUUUCCGAGCUGGCACUGCGAAACACUUUGCCGCUGUAUAAGCAGGACCCACCCAGUCUUGGCACAGGGGAUUAUGACUACAGACUGGAAGGGCCCACGUCUUCCACUAUCCAAGAUCUGGCCCAAUUACUGGAAUCCACGAAAAUACCGCCGACCUACGCGAAGGCGAGCUCCACUUCCUUCAGCUCCCUCGAUGACGGGAGACAUGAGACGCAGAGACGUUCUGACUCAGAGACGAGCAGUCAGGCUGAGGCCGCUCACGACACGCAUCCCACGACUGCAGGCGGCCGCGGCGAAAUAUCAACAACGGCAACGGCAACCACGCAGAGGGUGACCACGGGGAGUCAGGGGCCGCAACAGGAACUCGGGGAGCGGACCGCUAGACCCCACGGGGGCAUCAACAGAGUCUCACAGGACGCCGUAAAAGGUGCAGCACACGCCGCCCGUGCAGAUAAGGGGAGCAGGCCCUCUGGCGAUCAUAAACACAGCCAAGGCGGUCGCACGGGGAGUCAUGGCGGCCCCCGUUAUGGCAGCGAGGAAGAAAAAGGCAAAGGAGGCGAAGAAGAGCAGACCUCAAAUCCCACCGUGCAGUUCAACCCCACCAGCAGAGGUCCUGUCAGACGACCCCAAGCCCGCCAAAACUACCACUCCCAGGAUGCUCAGGGGUUCGCUGAAGUUCCUGCCAAGGAGCCGUUGAAGACCUGCUGCGAGACCGGAGAGAAGUGGGCUUCAGCUAAUGGUCACUGCAACAACAUGGAGCCCCCCACCAAAGAUAGGAACUCCAUCUGCUGGACGGCCCAACAGCAGUGCUGCCGCGGCGCCCUCUCAGAAGGCCGCUGCUCGGCUGGAAUGGACGCAGCCAAGGCCGGAAAUAUGUGUCGAGAGGCUGCCGGCGACAGAUGUGGGAUCGAUUCCUACAAGGAGUGCUGUGACUGCUGCUCCCUGGGGCUGCUGUUCCUCCGCGAGGGGCAUCGCUGUGAAGCCCCCCAGCACCUGGGCUUCCACUGCAGACACAUCUUUCUAACGUGCUGCAAGGAGGAGGAGGAGGAGCAGCAGAGCGGUAAUCCAGACGGCUGGCGCUCCGUCAGAGAGCGGCCUGCCGUCGACUCCACGCCGCAGCCCAAGAAAAUAUCCGACAGCCCGUACCCUAAAGAGGCCUUCUCCAUCGGCGAGGAGCGGCACGGGGAGAACGCGGCGGAGGGUCCCGGCGAGGUGGAGGACAUGGACGAGUGCCUGAUAUACGAGGGCAGCAUUUGCCACCACAGAUGUGUUAACACGGCGGGCUCGUACCGGUGCGAGUGCCUCCCUGGAUACGCGCUGCAGGAGGAUGCUUUCACUUGUGCGCAAGAGACGGUGGACGAGGAGAACCGGCUGAAGGAAGACGACGGAGCGGCGGCGGCGGCUCACCCUUUGGCGCGCCCGCCUCCGACCCAGCCCGCCGGCCCGCCCAACCCCUGCGAAGGAAAUGGGCCGUGUGAGCAUUACUGCACAUCAGUGGGUGGAAGGCCACAGUGCUCCUGUUUCCCAGGGUUCUCUCUGGGGAUGGCGGACGGACGCUCCUGUCAGGACGUAAAUGAGUGUUUGCUGGGGAACGUGUGCCGGUUGGGCGAGCGCUGCGUGAACACCGCGGGGAGUUAUAUCUGUCAGAGACCGGUCGCCUGCCCCCCGGGAUUCCAGAGCAACAACGGCGUUUGUGAAGACAUCGAUGAGUGUGUGCAGCAGAGCCAUGACUGUGGGCUCGACUUCCAGUGCGUGAACACAGAGGGCUCGUUCAGGUGCAGCCCCAAACCUCGAUGUGCUGCGGGCUUCAACCGUGACCUCCAGGGCAACUGUAUAGAUAUCGAUGAGUGUGGCGCUCUGGCCCGGCCGUGCAGCCUGGGAUUCGACUGCAUCAACACCGUGGGAUCCUACAUGUGCCAGAGGAAGAUAAUAUGCAGCCGCGGCUACCACGCCAGCCCCGACGGAUCCAGAUGCGUCGAUGUGGACGAGUGUCAGGGCGGUCUGCAUCAAUGCGGGGAGGGCCAGCUGUGCCACAAUCAGCCCGGCUCCUACCGCUGUGAAUGCCAGGCGGGAUAUCAGUACGACUCCUUCAGGAGGACGUGCGUCGAUGUGAAUGAGUGCUGGCGCUACCCGGGCCGCCUGUGUGCCCAGACCUGCGAGAACACCCCGGGCUCCUUCCAGUGCUCGUGCACCUCUGGUUUCCGCUUAUCCGGCGAUGGCAAGAACUGUGAAGAUGUGAACGAGUGCUUGGCCGGCCCGUGCGGUCAGGAGUGUGCCAACAUCUACGGUUCCUACCAGUGCUACUGCAGACAGGGCUACCAGCUGCGGGAGGACGGGCACACCUGUGAAGACGUGGACGAGUGCUCCCGGGGCAUCGGCCACCACUGCACCUACAAGUGUGUGAACGUCCCCGGCAGUUACCAGUGCGCCUGCCCCGAGUACGGAUACACCAUGUCUGCAAACGGACGCUCCUGCAGAGAUGUGGACGAGUGUGCCACGGGGGCCCACAACUGCUCUCUGGCUCAGACCUGCUACAACAUCCUAGGAGGGUACCGCUGCCUCCACGUCGACUGCCCGCCCAACUACCGCAAAGUGUCCGACACGCGCUGCGAGAGGAUCAGCUGUCCCAACUACCUGGACUGUCAAAACUCCCCUCUGAGGAUCACCUACUAUUACAUCAGCUUCCAGUCCAACAUCGUCCUCCCCGCUCAGAUCUUCCGCAUCGGACCCUCCCCCGCCUACUCGGGGGACAACGUCAUCGUCAGCAUCACGCAGGGAAACGAGGAGGGCCGCUUCAGCACCCGGAAGCUGAACGCUUACACGGGCGCCGUGUACCUCAACCGGCAGGCCGAGGGCCCGCGGGACUUCUCCCUCAACGUGGAGAUGAAGCUCUGGAGACAGGGGACGUUCACCACUUUCCAGGCCAAGAUCUUCGUCUUCAUCACAGCCAAUUCGCUCUAACGGCUGGACGGAGAGCCAAUAAGGACCUUUUUCGCCGUCGCCGUUCAACGAUGGCCGUGAGGCGCACCGCCGUGAUUGGCUAGAGUCGCCACGCUCUCUCUCUCUCUCUCGGCUGAAGUCGAUAUUUCCGGACGCCGCUGUUCGAGUAGUGGAAUGUUCAGAAAGACGCCACUUUGCGUCAGUGCAUGUUUUCACCGCAAUUGCAGGAAAAAAAGCCUUUAAUUACUUUUUUUUUUCAUUAUUCCGCACUCUCGAAAAGCUCUCUUAUAAAAAUAUAUAUUUAUUAUGCAAAUGAAACAAUCCACCAGAUGUAAAGCAUAAACGUGGCUCCGAGGCGGUAGAAAUUGUUUGGUGUCUCUUUUUCGUUUUGCCUCUUAUUCUAUCAUUUUAUACUACUCUAUAAGGUGUAUUUUUGUAACCUUGUAAUCAGACACAUUAUAAAUGGAUGUAUUAUAUUUCCUAUGCUAGAUUUAUAAGUUGCAAAGUAUUUUAGUAAAACAAUAAAACAACACCAGUGUGGUUUGG